ACAGUAUUGUAUGUCAGCAUUAUUUCUCCAGAUUCUCGUUUAUUUUGUAAAUGGUCGUGGCAACUCGGAGGAUUUUCUUUUAAGGGGGCCGUCUCUCUAGGAUUUAAACCAGCUGUUGUCAAGUGCUCCGGGGCCCCAUCCAUUUGCAUUGCUAAAUAGUCCGUACAGCAGAGAAAUGUCGAGAAAAAACCGUUCAUUUUGAAAAGGCAUUCUUUGCAAAACUGCUCAAACCUAUACUGCUUGGGAUCGACGAGGCACCAGCUAACCAAAACCAGGUGCUGCUUUUCGCAAGAAGGCGCAUAGACUGGAGACUGAGGGAGGCAGAUUGCGCAGGGCUCUAUUUGGGCUGCGUACAGUAGAAGGAAGCCUGCGAGUUUCCAACUGAAAGGAAUUUACGGGUCGGCUGCGGGUCUCUUUCAAAGGAGAUCACCCAGGAGCCGUAAAACAUGCUGUUUGAAGCCUGCGACGUGCGGUCCCCUAUGUUUGCGAGAAUGUUGGCAGUUCUAACCUUGACUUUAUUAAGUAUGCGCUCCGGAAAUACGCAGACUUGUACGGAGGGGUUUAUCUACGACCGUCGUAUCAGGCAAUGUAUAGACGUGGAUGAAUGCCGGACGCCACUGAACCCCUGUCGCGGAGAAAUGCGCUGCAUUAAUCAGAAUGGAGGUUACCUGUGUUUGCCCCGCGGGAUGUUUAAUCAGCCGUACGCCAGGACUCCCCUUUCUGACUUGUCGUACCCCGAAUCACCUGCACAAUCACCUGAAGGCUACUCCGACACCUACCCUCAAGCGCCAGUACCUGCUGCCCCUCCCAGUUACCCCAUCGUAGGCCGAUCUGCCCCUUGUAUCUUGGGAUAUACACUUGGGGAGGACGGCACGUGCGUUGACAUUGAUGAAUGUGAAGUGAAUUCCCACCAGUGCAACCCAACACAGGUGUGCAUCAACACUGCCGGAGGAUAUACAUGCUCCUGUACUGAGGGGUACUGGCUUAUCGGUGGACAGUGUCAGGAUAUUGACGAGUGUCGCUAUGGAUACUGCCAGCAGUUGUGCGCUAACAUGCCAGGAUCGUAUUCCUGUUCAUGCAACAUUGGCUUCGUCCUUAACCCAGACGGCAGGACCUGCCAAGAUGUGGACGAGUGCGAGGAAGCACCCUGUGCUCACGGAUGUUUCAACACCUAUGGCUCUUUCAUGUGCAACUGUGGGGAGGGUUUUGAGCUGGCAUCUGAUGGGACGACUUGUAAUGAUAUGGAUGAGUGUGGAUUUGCUGAGUUUUUGUGUCAACACUCUUGUGUGAACAAUCCUGGGUCGUACUCUUGCGUCUGUCCUCCUGGGUAUUUGGUAUAUGAUGAUGGACGAAGUUGUGAAGAUAUCAAUGAAUGUGAAACUGGUAACAACACCUGUACAACAGAACAAGUGUGUUUCAAUUUCCAGGGGAGCUAUAAAUGCCUGGACCCUUUACAAUGUGAUGCACCUUACAUUGAAUUUGGUGACAAUCAAUGCAUGUGUUUGGCUGAGAACCUUGCAUGCCAAGACAACCCCUUCACCGUCCUGUACCGGCACAUGGAUCUAUCCCCUGGCCGUAGCGUGCCUGCAGAUGUCUUUCAGAUGCAGGCCACCACACGCUACCCGGGCGCCUUCUACAUCUUCCAAAUCAAGUCGGGCAAUGAAGGCCGAGAGUUCCAUAUGAGGCAAACCAGCGAUGCCAGUGCUACGUUGGUGCUGUCACGCCCUGUAAAAGGCCCAAAGGAGAUUAUUCUGGACCUGGAAAUGGUUACUAUCAACAACGUCAUCAACUUUCGGGGCAGCUCAGUAAUCCGACUGACAAUAUUCGUUGCUGAGCAUACAUAUUGAGGCCCUGGGUCUGAGGUCUCGCCCUCUUACACUUGACCACACUCCUCCGUUCCCCGUCCCCUCCAGCAGGCAGCUUGGUUUGUCUUUUUUGGCUACUCUGUUCCAGGAGAUUGGUGACGGUCCUGGUCUUGCUCAUAUUAGCUUCGUUCUCCUCUCACUCUUCUGCAGGGACACUGUCUGGAAGCUGCCCGACGAUGUUUGUAAUGCAUCCCACACGGUAGAAUAUUUAUAUUGUAAUGAAUGGUGCUUUGUCAUCGUUCUUAAUGAGUAUUAUUUGUCAUUCAUUCGGAUAUUGUUUCCUGGGUCUUUUCAGAGAUCUGUUACCUAUAUCGACAUACCAAAAACAUAUUUCUUUGAGUCGAUUGUUUUUUUUUUUAAAGAUCUUUUGUUGGGUUCUUGUUUUGUGUGUCAUUCAUGAUUCUUAGGGCAUGAACCAUAAUACUUCACUUUGGAGCUGUGAAAGUACUCUGUUGUUUCUUGACACAGUGUGUUUUUUGUGAUAGAUUCUUAAAUAACUUUCAGUAUAUGACACAAUGUUUUCAGAAAGAAUGUAAACUGUGGGAUACACAUGAAGAGUGUACCAUUACUGGUUAAGCUGUCAAAAAUGAUAUUAAACUUGCACACCAUGGA